AUGAGUUCCAAGAAAUCUGCCAAACAGGCAGCGGAGCCCACUGGCGAUGCUGCCGCCCCCGCCGCGGCUCCUGCUACAGCCCCUGCAUCUGCUCCCUUGGGUCCCCAGCACAAGGGUGACCAGGUCUUCGGUGUUGCCCACAUCUUCGCUUCCUUCAACGACACUUUCAUCCACGUGACUGAUUUGUCCGGUCGUGAGACUUUAGUCAGGGUUACUGGUGGUAUGAAGGUUAAGGCUGACCGUGACGAAUCCAGCCCUUACGCUGCUAUGAUGGCUGCUCAGGAUGUCGCUGCUAGGCUGAAGGAGAUGGGUAUCACAGCCGUUCACAUUAAGCUUCGCGCUACGGGAGGUACUAGGUCGAAGACCCCCGGCCCUGGUGCACAAUCUGCCCUACGUUCUCUUGCUCGUUCCGGUUUGAAAAUCGGAAGGAUUGAGGAUGUUACACCUAUUCCCACUGACUCCACCCGCAGGAAAUGUGGUAGAAGGGGUAGAAGGUUGUGA